GCAUUCCGCGAGCUGCCCUCGCUUCCGUGUUUGUAUGAUCAGAGAGUCUGUCUGUAGCCGGGGUGUGUGCACUGGUUCAUUCAUCUGGAGGCCUAAACAAAAAAGCAAUCGCGAAAAUGUCAUAUGAGUCGAAACACACGUUUGCCAGUCUCCCGCAGAUGGAGAGGGGAGUGUCCAAAGUACUUGGCAGAGAUCCCAAAGGGAACAACUUUCUCUAUGCCAAUGGAAAGACUGUUAUCAUCAGGAACAUUGAUAAUCCAUCUAUAGCAGACAUCUACACAGAGCAUGCCCAGCAAGUAACUGUCGCCUGCUAUGCACCCAGUGGCUUUUACAUCGCCUCUGGAGAUGUGUCGGGAAAGAUCCGUAUCUGGGACACCACCCAGAAGGAGCACCUGCUGAAGUACGAGUACCAACCGUUUUCCGGCAAGAUCCGAGAUAUUGCCUGGACUGAGGACAGCAAGAGAAUGGCUGUGGUUGGCGAGGGACGUGAGAAGUUUGGAGCGGUGUUCCUGUGGGACUCUGGGUCGUCAGUGGGUGAGCUGGCGGGACACAGUAAAGCCAUCAACUCUGUGGACCUCAAACCCUCUCGCCCCUACCGCCUCAUCUCUGGCAGUGACGACAUGACUGUGGCUUUCUCUGAGGGGCCUCCAUUCAAGUUCAAGUUCACAUUAAAGGACCACACCCGGUUUGUCAAUUGUGUGCGAUUCUCCCCUGAUGGGAACCGUUUUGCCGCUGCUGGAGCUGAUGGGCUGAUCAUCAUAUGUGAUGGUAAGACCGGCGAGAAAAUCUCUGCACUUGGGGGAGAGAAAGCCCACAAUGGAGGAGUUUACGCCGUGUCCUGGAGCCCCGACAGCUCCCAGCUGAUCUCCGCCUCGGGGGACAAGACGGUGAAGCUAUGGGACGUCAGCACGGGUACGGCCGUCAUCACCUUCAACAUGGGCAAUGAUGUCAUGGACCAGCAGCUGGGAUGCCUGUGGCAGAAGGACCACCUCAUCAGUGUCUCCCUGUCGGGGAACAUCAACUACCUGGACAAGAACAACCCAGACAAGCCCCUCCGCGUCAUCAAGGGUCACAGUAAGUCCGUCCAUUGUGUGACGGUUCACAAGAUUGACGGGAAGUCAAUCAUCUUCUCUGCAAGUCACGAUGGACACAUCAAUUAUUGGGAUGCGGAAACUGGAGAGAAUGACUGCCUUCAGGGGAAGGGCCACACCAACCAGGUGAACAAGAUGGUGGUGGACCAGGCCGGCCAGCUGGUUAGCUGCGGCAUGGACGACACCGUGCGCUUCACCGACACCCAAACCAAGGAAUACAGUGCCUCUGAUGUGGUGAAGAUGGACGCCCAGCCUAAGUGUGUGUCCAUAGCACCAGGGGGCUUAACGCUGGUAGUUUGCAUUGACCUGGUCGUCUUGCUGAAGGACAAAAAGAAAGUUUUCACUCUGGAAAAGCUGGACUACGAGCCAGAGACCGGAGCGAUGCAUCCCGGGGGCACUACUGCAGCCGUCGGGGGCGCCGACGGCAAGGUGCGUCUGUACUCCGUCCAGGGCAACAGUCUGAAGGAAGAGGGCCGCACCCUGGAGGCCACGGGGCGGGUCACAGCCAUGGCCUUCUCCCACGACGGAGCUCACCUGGCCGUCACCGACGAGAAGAAGGUCCUCCGCAUCUUCACGGUGGCAGACGACUACGCGAUCAAGGAUGACUUCUAUGGUCACCAUGCUAAAAUAGUCUCUGUGGCCUGGGCCCCUGACAACGAGCACUUAGCCACCAGCGGCAUGGACAUGAUGGUUUACAUCUGGACAAUCUCUGAUUCUGAUAAGAGGCUUAAGAUCCCAGAUGCCCACCGGUUGCAUCACGUCACCAGCCUGGCCUGGGUGGACGACCACACCCUGGUGACCUCCUCAUACGACGCCUGUGUCAAGCAGUGGACUAUCAUGUACUGAGCGAGACACACACACGCACUCUCUCAGAUCCCUUUUUAGAACUCACAACUUUCUGUCUAAUACAAUAUUUUUUCAGUAUCGAUAUGAUGAUUCGUCUCUGUCUGUGAACACCUCCUGAAUGGCCAUUAUUGUAGGAGUGUGUGGGGGGGGGGGGUGAUGAGCUCCCAUUAAUGAAAAAAAUGAUAAGCUCCCAUCAAUGAAAUGGCCAAGUUAUGACCUGUACAACACAAGAGUAAACAUUGAGUGAGGGGUAAGCACUUUGGGAAUAAAGCUCUUUCUGUGGCCUAACAGAACAGGGGAACGCGUACGCACAACAUUCCGUAGGCCAGCCCUUAUUAGUUCAAGCUAAAAUGAAUAUGCCUGUAUUGGGCACAGAGCAGUUGAGAGAUACGAGUUUUUAGGGUUAAAUCUAGUUUGAGAACAUUUUGGUGACAUUCCUGAAAUGUACAGAACGGUGGCCCUUACUGUGUUGCCUGUCAAUUACUCAUACCUGCAGGUGUAGUGGGUGUUAAUGGGGGGAGGGGUGGGGUCUUAUUCUGCCUAUGUUUUCCAUUUUCUUCUUUGGCGCAAUACUGUCUCUCUCAUCUGGCGUGCUUUCCGAAAGACUAGGGUGCAAUAAUAGGAAUAAAUAAACAUGAAACAAUUAUGUCUAAAAUUGAAAUGCUGUCUAUUUAAUGGAUCUCUUGAAUUGUUGCUUACCUUUUUUUAAUUCUAUUUGUUUGGGCCCAAUAUUUUCAUCUUGCUUUGAUGAUGUAUCAUCUUCCGUAGGUGUAAAUGGUUCAUAAUAAAAAAAAUAAUUUUGAUGCAUUCUCUUCCAUCUACAUCUGCAGUUU